UGUCUCCUCAUUCCGGGUAUAUAAAUACCCCUCCCAUUUUGCUAUUGUCAUCGUGUCUCACAUUCAAAUUCUUCUCUCUCACUCUUUCUUUCUCUCGUUCUAAUCCUCAAAAUCUUAACACAAAUUUAUUCCACCUUUAACAUGGGUUUUAAUUACAAACUUGCCAUCACUUUUUCUGUAGUGUUAACCCUCUUUGUACUGUUACCUACACUUACAGUGGGAGAGCUUGUACAAGAGCAACCUCUAGUUCUCAAAUACCAUAACGGCCAACUCUUGAAAGGACGCAUCACCGUUAAUCUCAUAUGGUACGGAACAUUCACUCCAAUCCAACGAUCAAUAAUCGCUGAUUUCAUAAACUCUGUAAGCACCCCCGGUGCUCCUCUCCCUUCCGCCGCCGCGUGGUGGAAGACCACAGAGAAAUACAAGGUUGGAUCGUCUACGCUCGUCGUGGGGAAACAGUUUCUGCACCCUGCUUAUACUCUUGGGAAGAAUCUAAAAGGAAAGGAUCUUCUCGCUUUAGCUACUAAGUUUAACGAACUCUCUUCCAUAACCGUUGUGCUUACCGCUAAAGAUGUUAACGUUGACGGUUUCUGUAUGAGUCGCUGCGGGACCCAUGGUUCUGUUCAACGUAGCAACGGUGGUGCGAGAACUCCUUACAUAUGGGUUGGAAACGCUGAGACACUGUGUCCCGGACAAUGCGCGUGGCCUUUCCACCAGCCUAUUUACGGACCACAGACGUCGCCGCUCGUGGCGCCUAACGGUGACGUUGGUGUUGACGGAAUGAUCAUCAACUUAGCCACGCUUUUGGCCGGGACUGUCACGAAUCCCUUUAACAACGGGUAUUUCCAGGGGCCGGCGACGGCGCCGCUUGAAGCUGUUACGGCUUGUACGGGGGUUUUCGGUAGUGGAGCCUACCCGGGUUAUGCUGGCCGUGUUCUUGUUGAUGGAACUACUGGUUCGAGCUAUAAUGCGCACGGUGCUAACGGGAGAAGGUACCUUCUUCCUGCGAUGUGGGACCCGCAAACGUCGGCAUGCAGGACUCUCGUCUGAGGAUGGGACCGGUGAAAGGACACGUGGCAUGAUGUGGUGUAGAUAUAUAUGGUGGGUUGAUAAAUAUGGGGCAGGUGAAUGAUGCUCUGGCUGGUGGGAGGAGUGUAUUUUUUAUGCAGCUUUUGUCGUUUAGUGUGACGUGUAAAUUCUGUUUCUAAAACCUAAAGUGGAACGAAUGUUUAUUACUAUAUCAACUUGUUAUAAAUCUGAAAAACGACGAGAAGAAAAAGAGAGGCAUAUCAUUAAUAUAAUAUGCAUUAUAUGUUCAAAGUGACAUUUCUUUUCA